GUUGAUUCGUCGACCUCAGGCUCAAACCCAACCCCUUAGGGUUUAGGAGGACUGUGAUUUUGAUUUUAAUCAGUUCAUCAUCAAUGGCUUCCGCUACUACUUCUUCUCCUUCUCUUCUCUUCCCUUCUCGAAAUUUCGCAUCUUUUCCAUCAUUCCCCCUCCAUAGAAGCUCCGUCUCCUUCAUUCGCUGUAUCUCCAAGAACCCUUCUCCGUCCGCCACCACCAGCGAGGAGGACAUUCUCCGUUUCGUGGCGAACUCCGACGGAAAGGCACUUCCAUGCGUGCGGACCUACGAGAACGAUUCAGCUCGGCUGAGCCUCGUCGGUACAGUAGCUUUCGACCAGGCUUUAACCGCGGCUGCAGCCGACGGUGGCGAAGCAGCCGAUGAGCACCUUCGUGAAAACGUCCCCGUCAUGGUGGUUGAGACUGUUUUCCCCGGAGGAUCCGACCCGAAGGCUACUGUCUCAACCCGAUUGUUCUUGCCUACAAAGAAAGUUAAAGAGCGAGCUAAAAGGCUGAGGAGAUCUCUCUCCGAGGAUCUUUCCACCGGAGAUUUGUCAAAAAACAUACUUGCGAUGACUUUCAGGCAAGUGGUUCUCCGACAUUUGUGGAACUUUCAGCUUGUUUUGUUUGGACCUGGAGCUGAAAGAGAAAUGGGAGAUUACCAAAACCCUCGUGAGGUUUCGACGUCCUUCACUGUUAGCUCAUCAGAUGAACGGGUUAUAUCUGUUAUUGCAGAAGUUAUAUGCAUCUCCGCUCUCCAAAACACAGAGAAGCAUUUCCUCGAUGAUUAUAUGGGGAAAGCUAAGUUUCCCUUUUUCAAGUGGUUAACGAAACACAGGAAGAUUGCUUCAAGAGACUCCUCGGUUGUACUGCAUAAGGUUUUCGAUGAUGAGCUAAACGAGAAUGCAAACCAAUUGCUCGAGUAUUUUCAAUCGAGCAAGGAAAACUUCAAAGUUUCGGACGCAAGGCAAAGAAGUCGGUGGUGGAACUUGUCUGCUAGUUCUAAGUUGGAAAAAAUUGGUGGCGCUGGGUUUAGUAGUUGGGCAAGUGAGUAUCUCCCUGCUUAUCGAUUAGAGAUUGAUAGUAAUAUACUUGGGGAUGUAAAGCUUGAAGGCUGGAGAAAGUCUAGUGAGAAUAAAUGGGAGGUUCUUCUAACCCACUCCCAAAUGGUUGGAUUGGCUGAAGCGUUGGAUAUUUACUUUGAAGAUAUAUACUCACUUCCCAGGAAACAGCUACCAUGUGAUGCUUUUGGAAACUAUGCAAACUUACCCAGUGAAAAGAGAGGAUUGUCUUUGUUGAAAAUGAUAUCUGUCACCGUGGCCAGUGGAAUUCUUCUCCUUGCCGUGAGUGCUGCGGCUCAAUUCUCUAUCCCUCAGAAAAGCGAGAGAAAGUAUCCUGGAAAACGCCAAGAUAUUUCAUGGUCAGAGAGUGAACUGUUAUCUCAUCAAUCUUCAGAUACCUCCGAGUUGGAGUCAUUCUGUGGAUUAGUCGUCAACAAGCUUAAGGAUGCAUACUCUUGGGUAGGAGAGAUAACCGUAGAAAGCAGCAUAGGGGCUUGGAUUGGAGAAGUACCUGAUUACUUAAAAGAAACUAGCAGAGCUAAAGCCACUGAAGAUAACGUUGGUACAGGCUCUUCUCUUCUGGAGAAACUCAAUGAAGAUGCAAAAGCAUCUGCGCAAGAAAUCGCUACUUACCAGGUAGUGUUAUCAUCCGAGGGUAAGAUUAUAGGGUUCCAACCGACUAGCCGUGUGGCUGUGAACCACUGGUCUGCUAAUCCUUUAGCUAAAGAACUUUACAGGGGAAGAAAACUCUCACCUGGGCUUAUCGAGCGUGGUCUCAAGAGUGGACGACCUCCGACAAAAGUAGUUGUGUUGGAAUUGUUAAUGUCUGUGAAUUCAGAUCGUCCUUUUGCAUUGGUCAGACCAUUACUGCCACAAUAAAACCAUAAGUGCCCCUAGUCUCUUUAGAUGAAAAUUUACAAUACAUGUAGAAUAUGAUUUAUUGCUUAUAUAAAACCGGUUAUCUCA